AUGGAACAUUGGAAUAUAUUCAAUAAUGAAAACAUAAAUGAAGAACAAGAAAUGAUUGAUCGAACAUCAAUUAUAUGUUCAUCAAAUAAGAUUAUUAUUGAACUUGUUGGAUAUGAACAUCAUUUAAUGGAUAAAACGGUUUUAGAAUUCGCUACAUCAACCCAACAAUUACAAUCUCAAACACGUGUCUAUGUAGUUUUUCGUGCUUUAAUUAGUGCACAUUAUUCAACAAAAGUUAAUCAAUGGGUUAUAUUAUGA